UGCAAAACCCACGCCUCUUUCCCCCUCCCCUCCCCCGGCUCCCCCCGUGUUUGCCUCAAUGGAGAAGGCGCUGCGGAAGCUGAAGCCCCGGCAGAAACCGCAGGCGGCCACCUGGUAUUCCCUUGCCUUAUGUGGGAAGAGCCCCUGCGCUCGUGUGGGCCAAAACUCUUUAUAUCUGCCUCCUCUGGAGCCAGGCAGCAAAAAUGGGAAAGUGGUUAUUAUCGCCGGAGCAAAUCCGAGUGGAAGUUUCGCCGACUCCUAUUUUAUUGAUCUUGAUGCGAAUUGCUGGACAAUGCCAGGCUGGGUGAAUCUCUUGCCACGGUACGAACACGCUGCGUUUGUCCCCACCAGCCGUCCCAACACCGUCUGGGUGUACGGAGGGGCUAGUGAAACCAGCAACAGGAACUGUGUACAAGUGUUGGAUCUUGAAUCCGAGUUGUGGGAGAAACCCAAGGUGAGGGGCGAUCCACCCAGCCCUCGCACGUUCCACACCUCCACGGCAGCCAUUGGGGAUCGGUUAUAUGUGUUUGGAGGAGGACAUAAAGGGGUCGAUCCUGUCCAAGACCAGCAACUUCACGUAUUUGACUCAGCCACGUUGACGUGGUCGCAGCCAGAGGUGUAUGGUCAGCCUCCUGCUCCUCGGCAUGGUCACGUGGUGGUAGCCGUUGAGAAUCGACUGUUUGUACAUGGCGGCUUGGCAGGGGACACGUUUUACGAUGACCUGUUCUCCAUUGACAUAAAAGACCUCAAAUGGGAGAAGUUGGCCGCCUCGGGGUCGAUUCCCGGAGGCCGGGCAGCCCACUCAGCCGUUGCUUUCCAAAGUCACAUUUACGUCUUCGGAGGAAUGGACCCCACGGGGGAACUCAACACCAUGUACAGAUACCACCUAGAGAAAAAGCAUUGGACGCAGUUGGAGUUCAACGCUCCGGUCCCUUCUGGACGGCUGGACCACUCCAUGUGCGUGAUUCCUUGGGAAACGUCCGGCGGACGCACCCACCUCUGCUUGGUGUUUGGGGGCAUGAACAUGAAAGGGCAGAUCUACGACGACUGUAUCGUCAGCCUGCUAGAAGAAGGAAGUUAGGCUGGGGAAAGCGGCAAGACUCGCGGUCUGAUGUGCGGGUGCCCGUGGCUUGGAUCUCCAUCUGUAUUAGUUACCCCUCGUAUUUAACUCUUCCCGUUUAAAAAUUUUAAAAUC